UUCUCUUUUUGUAACUAUUCUCCUUCCUCCUCUUCCUUUUCCUCCUUCAACAACACAAUCAUUUCGAUUGUAUAUUUUUGGACAAUUAUUUCAAAACACACAGCCAGAGACAGACAACAACUGAUAGGAACAUCAACAACAACAUGGUAAGAAAACCAGGGUGGAUCAAUUUCCAUUAACCAAGAAAAACGAACCAACAGGACCCAAAUAACUGGUUGGGUCGGGUUCUGGUUUUUCGAUCCGCUUCUCUGGUUCCACCGUUGUUGUCGAGGUGAUUAUAGUGCUGCUGCUUCUUCUCUUUCAAUAUUCUCAACAAAUUCAUCGUUUUCUAGAAAAUUUGGUCUUUGCAGGGUUAGGUGACCCUAAGGUGAGGUCUUAAUGGCUGGGAUUGAUGAUAAUGUUGCCCUUACUGGCGAUUGGGGUCUUCCUAGCCCAAGUCCAAGGACCUUUUUUUCUAGAAUGUUAGAUGAAGAUAAUGUGACAAGAUCAAUCUCAGAACAUUCUGGAAAUGGUAGAACUGGGGAUCUCUUUUUGGGCAUUCGCGACCCUAGCGAGACAGGGAAAGGAAACAUGAAAGAUGGGGCACAAGACGGUGAUUCUAGGGCCCAAUUGAGCGAGCAGAAGUCGAGCUCUCGGGGUGGUCUUGUUGAAAGAAUGGCUGCUAGAGCUGGGUUCAAUGCUCCAAGGUUGAAUACAGAAAGCAUUAGAUCUACUGACCUUUCACUUAAUUCUGACAUUCAGUCUCCUUACUUGACCAUCCCACCUGGUCUCAGUCCUACUACACUUUUAGAUUCUCCGGUUUUCCUUGCAAAUUCACUGGCACAGCCUUCUCCAACAACUGGAAAGUUCCUGUUCAUGUCAAAUAGCAACAUGCGGAACUCAGAAUUACCAUCUGAUGCUCUAGAAAAAUGUAAAGAUAAUGGCUUUGAUAUGUAUACAUCAUCAUUUGCUUUCAAGCCCGCAACAGAUUCAGGCUCCUCUUUUUAUCACGGGGCUGGAAGAAAGAUAAAUCCAACUACAAUUCCUCAACAAUCCCUUCCUGGUAUUGAGGUUUCGGCUCAGUCAGAAAAUUCUUUUCAAUCUCAAAGUGUUGAUGCGGUCAAAGUUCAAACUGAGAACAAAAGUGGCCUUCAUCUUCAGGCAGACUUUGGCGAAUCGCCUCCUCAAAAUGAUAAUGGAAGUAAAAUGUUCUCAGCUGAUCAAAUGGCUUUCGAUGCUGCUGGUGGCAGCACUGAACAUUCUACACCAAUUGAAGAGCAAGCAGAUGAAGAAGGGGAUCAAAGAGUCAAUGGAGACUCAAUGUCUGGUGGUGUUGGUGGUGCACCUUCUGAUGAUGGAUAUAAUUGGAGAAAAUAUGGCCAAAAGCAAGUUAAGGGAAGUGAGUACCCUCGAAGUUACUACAAGUGUACACAUCCAAACUGUCAGGUUAAGAAGAAAGUUGAGCGAUCUCAUGAGGGCCACAUAACCGAGAUCAUCUACAAGGGAGCGCACAACCAUCCAAAACCUCCUCCAAAUCGCCGGUCAGGUAUAGGUUCAGUUAACCUUCAGACUGACAUGCAAGUGGACAACCCUGAACAUGUUGAACCACAAAAUGGUGGUGAUGGUGACCUUGGCUGGACUAAUGUACAAAAGGGAAAUAUAGCUGGAGCUGCUAAUUGGAAACAAGAUAACCUUGAAGCAACAUCAUCAGCAUCUGUUGGCCCUGAAUACUGCAACCAGUCCACCAAUUUGCAGACUCAAAAUGGUACUAACAUUGAUUCAGGAGAGGCAGUGGAUGCUUCAUCUACUUUUUCCAAUGAAGAAGAUGAAGAUGAUCAAGGCACUCAUGGUAGUGUAUCACUAGGCUAUGAUGGGGAAGGAGAUGAAUCUGAGUCCAAGAGAAGGAAACUGGAAUCAUAUGCAGAGUUGAGUGGAGCUACUAGAGCCAUUCGCGAACCUAGAGUUGUUGUACAGACUACCAGUGAAGUAGAUAUCCUUGAUGAUGGUUAUCGAUGGAGGAAAUAUGGGCAAAAAGUUGUCAAAGGAAACCCCAACCCAAGGAGUUACUACAAGUGCACGAAUGCAGGGUGCACAGUGAGGAAGCACGUGGAGAGAGCAUCACAUGACCUAAAAUCUGUGAUCACAACUUACGAGGGAAAGCACAACCAUGAUGUUCCAGCUGCACGUGCAAGCAGUCAUGUCAAUGCUAAUGCAUCCAACGCCGUUUCCGGCCAAGCCUCUGGUGUUCUUCAGAACCAUGUUCAUAGACCUGAACCAUCUCAAGUUCACAAUGGCAUUGGAAGGCUUGAGAGGCCUUCCCUUGGCUCAUUCAACCUACCUGGGAGGCAGCAGCUAGGACCUUCCCAUGGCUUCUCCUUUGGUAUGAACCAAACCAUGCUAUCGAAUUUUGCGAUGUCAGGGUUAGGCCACGCGCAAGCGAAGCUUCCUAUCAUGCCUGUUCAUCCAUUCUUGGCACAGCAGCAGCAGCAACAACAACAUCAACAUCAACAUCGCUCUGCAAAUGAUUUGGGUUUCAUGAUGCCAAAGGGAGAGCCAAACAUGGAGACUAUUCCUGAACGUGGCCUUAACCUGUCUAGUGGUUCAUCAGUGUACCAAGAAAUUAUGAGUCGCAUGCCUCUUGGACCUCAUAUGUAAAACUUUAUUCCCUGAUUCUUUAAAGAAAAACUAAUGUUUACAUCUUAUAACAUACAUAUAUAUACAUAUGUAAUGCCCGGGCAUACAUAGGUGGACGUUUCAUUAUUAGACUGUCAUUGUAAUGUUUGACAUUCUUCAUCACAUGUCAAAGAUAUAUGUAGUUUAUUUUGCUGAUUUAUUGCA